UCUCUGGGAACAUUGAAAACGCGUACACGCUCAGCUGGGAGAUUACUGCAGGGAAAUUGAAGGUUUAAUCCGGUAAGCAGUGAAUUUUUUCUUCAAUUGUUCAGCGAAGCAAAAGUCUCAGAAGCCAUUGAUGGAGCCCAAUGAAGCUCCAUUAUCGACUUCUCCAUCAAGCUUCAAUUCCAGCCAGCAACGUCAUUUCUACCUCGCCGUCGAUAGACUUCAGUUCAAAAUGGAGACUUUGGUGGAUCUAUUGGGCAUGGCUGGCCGGCUUUGGUCCAUACCUAUUGUAGUUAGCUGCAGCACACGUGACGAGCUCGACGCUGUCUUCUCCGCUCUUUCCAGUAUCUCACAUAUUACAAUCGACGCUCUGUACAGUGAUCUUCCUGAAGCAGAACGUGCAAGAGUUUUAGCUAGUUUUCGUCAAGCUACAAUGAGGUGGAUCAAGCAGGAUACAGGGGAAACAGAGAAGGAAGAGGAGAAGUGUCAUUUGAUAGUUGUCACGGAUGUUUGCCUUCCCCUCGUUAACUCUGGGGAGUCACCUAUGAAUGCUCGUAUCUUGAUUAAUUACGAGCUACCAACAAAGAAGGAAACAUAUAUGAGGCGCAUGGCUACUUGCUUGGCAGCAGAUGGAAUCGUGAUUAACAUGGUUGUUGGAGGCGAAGUUGUUACUCUCAAAAGCAUUGAAGAAAGUAGUGGUCUUUUCAUAGCAGAAAUGCCCAUUAAUAUUUUUGAGAUACUGUGAAGAGAUGAGGCCCUGCGGAUGUGAUCUGAACCCAUGAGAUUUCAAGUAAUUAGGUAUAUGAUUAAAAAAAUUCCACACUUCUGUAGUACUACAUCAGACUGUCAUUUGGCUUACCUGAGUAGAGUUCUGUUGUUGAAUUGGGAUCCUAUUCCAUGCUUUGUCAAUUAUGAGAUGACGGUUGAUUACCUGA